ACGUAAACAACACGCGGCUGCGGAUGUAUAAAUACAUAAAUAUGUGAGCUUGCGGACAGGUAAAGUGGUGGGCAGCAAAGCAAAGUUUACGUUAUGUAUAAUCACGCUCAAAUCAUCCAUACCCGUGCCGAAGGCGGCGAAAGAAGUUAGUAAUGACUUCACCGAAUCCGCAUCCAUCAUCAUUCAGUUGCGCGUUAGAAUAGCCGUAAGUGGUAGUGAGAAGGUGGGUAGAGGAUGCUUCUGACCGUUCUUUCUCAGAUGCAUUGCUGAUUCAGAGUUGAUUAAAGAAGCAGUAGAAAGUAGAAAUGAUUACGCCCAAACCGUCGCUGAUUUUGAUUGUCGGCAUAAUUAGCUGUGAUAUAAUUGGCUCCGUUAGCGAAUACGAGUUUAUUAACCUGCCGAAAUCGCACCUUCCGCUGUAUUUUCGAAGAUAUCCCCAGUUAGCGAAGAAAUGCCUGAAUGACGACCGGUGCGAGUAUAGAUCUGUUAUUAACAGCGAAACUUUCAAGGCAAGACAGCAUAUUUGCUGGGGCUAUGAAAGCGACUGCGAGCCAAACAAUCGAUUCUCGCAAUUGAAAUGUCCUGGGAACUACAAAGGCUAUGUGAAGACGAAGGAAGCGCAAAUCGAAACGUAUUAUGCGCAAGCUGAUUUCGGUUUCAUUCGAGAUCAAAUCCGGGAGAUGAGAAUCAUGUGCGAACCGAGGUUCCCGCAUGAUUCGGCACUUGAGUGUUCCAAGUAUCUUCGAUUUUGCCGCGGGAGAAAUAUUAUGGUGAACUUCACGGAUUUGGUUCAUCGCAGGGAACCGUUACGUUAUAAAAUGGAUAUAUUAUCUCAGGGUCAAAUUGGAGGCCACUGCAAGCUUCAUCGCCAACGGUUGGAAGACGAAUUGGAGCACAUAAGUCCCCUUCAGUCUUGGGGUCCCGAGUUGCGUUUCUUCGAUACGCUUAGCCAGCCAUUAGCGGAGAGUGGUCACUGUGAUAUUACGAUAGAAAAGCCUGCUUUUAUUAUGAAGAUCGAUGCCACUAUCAACAUGUACCAUCAUUUUUGCGACUUUUUAAAUCUAUAUGGGUCAUUGCAUGCAAACCUCUCCGAUCCAACGGGGUUCACCACAGAUGUACACAUUCUAGUCUGGGAAUCAUACACUUACUCUUCACCUUUCGCCGAGACUUUUAAGGCAUUCACGAAACACCCAAUCGCGGAUUUGAAAACUUAUGCGGGAAAGGUGGUCUGCUUCAAAAAUCUGGUGCUUCCAUUACUGCCAAGGAUGAUUUUUGGGUUGUACUACAACACACCCAUUAUUUCGGGCUGUGAAAACAGUGGCCUCUUCCAAGCUUUCUCCGAGCACAUUCUGCACCGAUUGCGCAUUUCACUGAAAAGUCACACCCAACGCAAAGUGCGCAUCACGUUCCUGUCCCGCCAGACAAAGUACCGGACGGUGUUGAACGAGGACGAAUUAUUGGAGGAAAUAUCAGACAACGAGCGGUACAUUGUGAACCGGGUAAGUUUCAACUAUAAAAUGCCCUUCCGGGAGCAGCUGAAGAUAACCCGAAACACGGACGUCUUCAUCGGAAUGCAUGGGGCCGGGUUGACUCACUUACUGUUUCUGCCCAAGUGGGCAGUGCUGUUUGAGCUGUAUCACUGCGAGGAUCCAAAUUGUUACAAAGAUUUAGCCCGUCUCAAGGGUGUGCGAUACAUGACAUGGGAGAACGAUGAACUGGUUUAUCCGGAGGACGAGGGUCACCAUCCGGAUGGGGGAGGCAGACAUGCCAAGUUUACAAAUUAUGCAUUUGAUCGAAAAGAAUUUGCUAGGCUCGUAGCGAACGCAGCGGAUCAUGUGCUUAAGCAUGAAGAUUUCUUGCAUUUUUUGGAACGAUCCCAGAACAAGAAGGAUAAUACUGCUCCGAAGGAGGAGCUCUAAAGGGAAAUAAGUAAUUAUCUUGUUACACUUUAUUCCAGGUGAACUGCUUUAAUUUAUACACUAAUGAACUCCUACCUAGUGAAUGUUAACCAAUAUUGCCUUACGAUACAACGAAACAUCAACGAAUCUUAUGUACUAGACCGCUAUGAAGACGAUACUCAUUAGAAGACACUGAUAUUGAUUUAUAGUAUUAUACUUGACGUGAUACAAGA